AUGUUUGUAGACCCAAAGCGGCAGGAAAAAGAGGUCGACGGUGACAUUGAGUUCACAGUGGAUCGGACGGAACACGUGCACAUCGACGCGUAUCCAAACCGACUUACUUACGAGAACACCUGCAAUCUCGUCGAUCAUAUCUGUGCUAAAUCGCACGACGUAUUGUGUCGAAUCCUUGGCACCGGUGACGAGAACACCAUGUACGCUGUCGAUUACUCCACCAACUCACUCAAGUUGUACUACCCCUCUUCGGGUGAGGAAUGCCUUGACAUGUUCCUCAACAUUUUGCGUAGAUUGUUCCCACCACUCAAAUACUUGCAAACGCAAUGUGGCAUUGCCGCAAACGAAUUCGGCUGGGCUGGUUGCCGUUAUGGCAAGGAUGUCCAUACAACCAAAUGGCCAUGUAGCGGACACUCAAGCAGUGAAGCAACGUGCCAUGCAAAUUGUCAAACAACGUGCCAACCUACGUGCCAACCAAAAUCGCCACUAAUGAGCUACCUAAACGAUUGCCUUCCGGGUCAUUUACCUCACGCCCUGACUGGCAUUGGUUGCAAAGCCAAAUGUUCAACCUGCCCGAAAUCCACGCCCGGGAUGCCGUGUAUCACGCCACUUGGAUUCAGGUGUUUCUCUGGGACCACACGUGAAGGUAGAGACAUAAGUGACGUGCUAGGCAAAUUCUUUGACAACGGCAACCUUAAGGUCCUAUUCAGCUUGCAAACUAAAACGCCAUCUACGUUACCGGAACACUUCGGAUUCACGUUGUCGCUUGUUGCUGGGUGGGUUGGUAGCGACAACAAGAAGCGUAAGACAGGUGUGGAAAAACCUUUUGAGGAAGCAAUUACAAACGUCUCCAUUGAACUAUACGAAAAACCUACGAAUUUUACAGAAGCAUUGCGUAAUGCGUAUGGUGAUCCACGGCCUGUUCAACUCACUCAGGUUCGUAUGCCUCCACACGCUGCGUUAUCCAGUCUUUCGAUAACAGGAUAUAAUGAUCCUAAAAUGAAAGCAUAUUGCGCUCCAUAUAUGUUAUCGCUUAGUGAAGAUUACUACUCGUGUCUACCAUCUAAGAAUUCAAAAACCUAUCUCUCGUGGGCCAUCUAUCUGCCUUGGAAUUUUUGGAGCCAUCUCAAAAAUCUAUACGAUGACUUCUGCAACAUAUUCUGCGCAGAUUGGGGAUGUCGCCUAUGUUUGCAAAGCAGAGCAUGUAAAAAAGGUAAACACGGACACAGCGAAACGAAUGGUGAAAAUAUCCGAAAAUCGUAUUGCCAAUGCACGUCCAUCGUAACUUGCAAAGGUGUGUCUCCAACGCUGUACCAAUAUGGGCUCAGCUUCCAAGAUGCAUCUUCACUGAAUCACGCAACUUAUCCUAAUACGUGCACUGAUUUCUGCUCUCAGCUGGACAAAGUGUUGAAAUCGGAAUAUUUUGUUAAGCUAUUCACGGAAUGUGACAACUUCAUUUGGACCAUCAGAGAGCCAUUCACUUACCUAGUGCUCGCACUCUGGUCACUAUCCCUCUUUUACCUCAUCUGCGUAAUGGUUGGCAGACUGGAUGUGCUCCACAUCAAAUCACACCUGCGAAUACCGUCGUCGCACAAGAUAACAGCGCAAUCACUGUUGGCUGCAGCGCAAGUCGGAAGGCUUGCCAAGAUAUCGUAUCUACAACCGUAA